AUGACUACCACCACCAUCUUCCGCUUAGUGUCUCGUUCUACCUGGAGGUCAUUCGCUAGCUCGAGAUGUUUUAUAUCUACCAGUACUCGGAGACUUGCUGACCCUUGGCCUCUUCCUGGCUCCCCAGAACAUCUAGCUUCAACAGAAACGCCAUCCGAUGAGGCUCGAAUAAAACCUUUGGAACGUCCAAAUGAAUCUACGGAGACACUCCGUGCAAGGCUAGUCUAUCAGUCAAGAAAGCGUGGAACAUUGGAGAGUGAUCUGCUGCUUGCAACCUUUGCUCGAGAUAACUUGAAGGCUAUGUCUGAAGAUGAGUUAAAGCAGUACGACAAGCUUCUGGACGAACCAGACUGGGAUAUAUACUACUGGGCGACAGGGAAACGGACACCUCCUGAGCGUUGGGCCGGCACUGCUUUGUUGGAGAAGUUGAGAGUACAUGCGAGGAACGAAGGCAAGGUUGUGCGUCGUAUGCCGUCGCUAUGA